CGUUGGAAGUUGAAGAGCGAAGGAUGUCGGGAAUGGCGACCAAGCGGCUGGCCCGGCAGCUUGGAUUAAUUAGGAGAAAGUCAAUUGCACCAGCAAAUGGAAACCUAGGAAGAAGCAAAUCUAGGCAGUUGUUUGACUACUUAAUUGUCAUUGAUUUUGAGUCGACAUGCUGGAAUGAUGGAAGGUGCCAUCGUGGCCAGGAAAUAAUUGAAUUUCCAGCAGUAUUGCUGAACACAUCAACUGGAGAGAUUGAAUCUGAGUUCCAUGCUUAUGUUCAGCCUGAGGAACAUCCAAUUCUUUCUGAAUUUUGCAUGGAACUAACAGGCAUAAAGCAGGCUCAAGUUGAUGAAGGGGCCCCUCUGAAGAUUUGCUUAUCUCAGUUCUGUAAAUGGAUUCGUAAGAUUGAGCAACAGAAGAAAAUUAUUUUUGCUACUGGGGUUUCAAAGACUUCUACUUCUGAAGUAAAAUUAUGUGCAUUUGUUACUUGGUCAGACUGGGACUUGGGGGUUUGCCUGGAGUAUGAGUGUAAAAGAAAACAGCUGUUAAAACCUGUCUUCUUAAAUUCUUGGAUUGAUCUCAGAGCAACUUACAAGCUUUUCUAUAGGAGAAAACCGAAAGGACUAAGUGGUGCCUUGAAAGAAGUGGGAAUAGAAUUUUCAGGACGAGAACAUUCUGGGUUGGAUGAUUCUCGGAAUACUGCCAUUCUUGCUUGGAAAAUGAUCAGGAAUGGUUGCCAAAUGAAAAUUACAAGGUCCUUAAACAAGGUUCCCACUAAGAAGAAUCCCAACAUUUUGUCCAGAAAUAUGAAUACAAAUCAAGUUGAAGAAACGUCUGCCUGCAACAGUAGCAUCCAGGAUCUCAGCAUAUAUGAUAGGGAGCCUAAAAAUGCAAUAAAUUCUAAUGGAAAAGUUCAAAUGAGGUCAGUUUAUGUGAAUCCUAUAAAUGUACAGCAGGAUCAGUUACAACUAAAGAACAAUAUAAAAGCAGGUCUUCACAAUGACAAAAGUUGCUUAUCUCUUUUUAAUACUAAGCCCUCUACUUCUCUGGGGCAGUUGCAGUCUCCCACCUUGAACUCACCUAUCUAUAUGCAGAAGCAAAGAAAAAAUAAGCAUCUUGCAUUUAAUACCAAAUCCAAGUCCUCAACAACUGGUUCAGAAUUGGUACUUGUUUCUACCACCAUUCCAUCUGCUAAUCAAGUUUCCAAUAUGGAAAUGGAUUCUGCUUUUGCUUGUUUACCUAUGUUGGCUGACUGGGAGGAUGUAGCUUUACUACCAGCAUCUCAGCCUGAACAAAACAUAGAUUGUGUACUUCCCAGUAGUGACUCAAACUUAGACACUUCAUUUAAUUCCAGAGAAAGACUAAUGGUUUUAAAAGAAUCAGAAAUGCUAAGCCAUGAAAUCUUUGGAGGCAUAGAGGAAACUUUUAAAAAAUCUGAGACCUCUAAAUCCAUUGUAUACAAGAGUCCUCAAACUACUAUUUAUAAUGUAAAAGAAGCCAAAGAUCCAGGUUCAGAUAUUUCUGCCUUUAAAUUACCUGAACGCACAUCAAGUACCUUCAACAGUGUUAAUGCCAAUGUAUCUCAUCCUUCAGUUCUGGGGAAACAUCCUUUUCUUUUAGGUUCUACUAAAAGGAAUCCAUCCAGUCCCCCAGCUUUCCCACCAGCAAAAAAACAGACCUUCACUAUUCAUGAAGAAAAGCCUACAUCUUCUAACUGCUCCCCAAUUAGAAGUUCUUCUUGGAAAGUUCUCCCCUCUAUAUUAACUUCUGUAGCUAACCUACAAGAGCCUUGGAAGACUGGGAAAAUGACACCUCCCUUAUGCAAGUGUGGACGAAGAGCUAAGAGACUUGUUGUCUCUAAUAAUGGGCCAAAUCAUGGGAAAGUCUUCUAUUGUUGCCCUAUUGGGAAAUACCAAGAAAACAGAAAAUGUUGUGGUUAUUUCAAAUGGGAGCAAAUACUUCAAAAGGAGAGAGCCAACAACAUAGUUCUGUCCCAUUCCACAGGGGAAUUCACUUUUAAUUCUCCAGAAACAAGCCAUAUACGUGACAGAAGUUUAAGUGUUUCUGCUAAAAAUUCUUUGAGACUCAGACCUUCAAUGAGGAAUUGA